UUUUUCCGUUAAGAAAGAUCCGAGUGAAAAUGAGCUCAAUAAAUCCAAAAUCGCUACCGUUGCAUUGUGUCGUCGAAUCGGUGCAUUCAUUGCAGGCCUCACUCGCCAUCGAUUCACGUAGUCCAUGGAAGCGACGCACGAAUAUCGAGACAGACAGUUAUGUGAUUAUGGCCGCAGCAACGCCAUGGUCGGAAUUGGUGCAGACAGCAUUGCAGCGACUCGGCUACUCACAAGAGGCGGUCAAUACGGCAAGAGGUUCGAUUAUGAUUAAAAACUGGAAACCCAUACCGUUGGAAAUGAUCUCUGAUAAUCCGGUAGUGCCCGUGAGUGAUAUAAUCGGUGAAUUGACCUCGGUGGUCACACUACGUAUUGUCAUAUUACGUUCCAAGCCAUCCACAUUCGGUGAAAUCAAGGAUAAAUUACUGAAGUUGCUGGUUUUGCAAUCACACACCGUACUGCGCUCCACCGGUUGUCCACUCGAUGAGAUGACGCUUUCACAAAUAUGCCGCGCCUCUUACCAGAACCCAUAUUCAUUUCCGGCGGGCGAGAUCUCCGAUGAGCUCCGUCGCAAAUUCGAUCAAUGGUGGUCGCAACAACUCACGCCACAGUCAAGUAUUACACCAAAAAUGUUACCGUUCCUAACUGCGCCAACGUCAGUGCCCAACGAAAUGGACUUUCCAGUCGGCUCCGCAGCCGUUGCAGCAGCCGCUGCUGCCGCUGCAGCUGCACAAGCCGGCCUACAUGCCGCCUCGGGUGUGGGCAAUGUGCCGGGCAGCAAUAUGCCCGGCUUGAGCGCUAGUCGUGAUUCGCUGCUUAUGAAUGAUGCCACACACCAUGGUCCACAAGGUGCAGCCACAACACAUCACGCCAAUAUGCUAGUGCAUCCAGCCAUGCAUCCGUCAAUGCAUCAUCACCAUCACCACCAUCCACACGCCCAGUACCCCAAUCAGAAGACACGUAUGCGCACCAGUUUCGAUCCAGAAAUGGAGUUGCCAAAACUACAGAAAUGGUUCCAGGAGAAUCCGCAUCCAUCGCGUCAGCAAAUACAAACGUAUGUGGUGCAGUUGAAUGCUUUGGAAUCGCGACGUGGCCGCAAGCCGCUGGACGUGAAUAAUGUGGUGUACUGGUUCAAAAAUGCACGUGCGGCUCAAAAGCGGGCUGAAAUGCGUGGCGGUUUGGCGGCACUCGGUCAUCCCAGCCUCAAUGGGUUCGUGCUGAAUCAGCACGGGCAGCUGGGUCAAAGCUCGAGCAGCAGUGCUGGCAGUCACCAAAUGAGCAGCAGCAAUAUCAAUUUGGCCAUGUCACAUGACUACCUGAAGAGUCCGUUGAGCCUGAAGUCUGAGGAUGUGGAUACAAUGUCACAGCACUCGGAUGACAUGGACGAAGACAACAGCCGCCCAGGCUCGCCACAAUUACCGCUCUCUCUAACUACGCACGAGCGUAAUCGCAAUUCGCCACUCGAGGACGCUGAAGGAAAUAUGGAGCACAAUGAGAAUCGUCGUGAUAUCGGUGCUGCUGAAGGCGCGUUGAAAGAUGAAGCCGCCGAUUGCCAAGCCAUGUUGAAUGGUUCGCUUAAUCAAUCGCUACGUUCGUGUUCGCGCAGCUAUACUGAGGAGGAAACCCAGGCGCAGGGAAAACAAAACGAGCCGCAAGUAGACGAUCAACAAGGCGACAAUUCCAAUGAAAAUUCAGCUAAUAAUCAACAAAAUAACACAGAACACAACAACAAUAGCAAUAACAACAAUAAUAAUAACGCAAGCAAUGUCAACAAUAAUAACAAUUGUAACAAUAGCAAUAAUAACAAUAGCAACAACAACAAUAACAAUGAACAGCUCUGUGAUGCCGUUAAUACACAACCGCAAGCACAUUCCUCCCCCAAAAUGAGUUCGCCGAAAGAAGAGGAUGAUGAUCUCGAUUUGGAAGACGAUGACGAUGACAACGAGAAUGAUACCUCACAGCUAGAUGAGUACCGUUCACCCUCACCCGAUUUGGCAAAUGCCAUAGCCCAACGCAAAGAUUUGCCCUUUCCAAUGGUGCCCAACUCGAUGUUCUCACAGUCGUUCAUGUACAUGAGCCAUUACAUACCCGGUUUCGGGCAAGCGGCUGCCAAUCAUCCGCAUGCACAUCAUGCCGCUGCUGCAGCUGCUGCUGCCGGUAUGCCACCAAAUGCGCUAAUGAACCCGAGCGGUCUGAAUUUGUCGAGUAUGUCGAGUGAGGAGCGACGCAAGAGGAAUCGUACCUUCAUCGAUCCGGUCACCGAGGUGCCGAAGCUGGAGCAAUGGUUUGCUAUGAAUACACAUCCAUCACACAACCUGAUACUGAAGUAUACGGAGGACCUGAACACAAUGCCAUACAGACAAAAGUUCCCCCGUUUGGAGAGUAAAAAUGUGCAGUUUUGGUUCAAGAAUCGACGUGCCAAAUGCAAGCGUCUCAAGAUGUCGCUCUACGACAGCUCUCAGCUACAAGGCCUCAACUCAUUUGUGAGCAAAUAUGAAGAACGCGAUUAGAGGGGAAAUGGAACGGCCGAAGCGGUGUAAGGACCUACAAAGGAUGAUUCUCCUAAACUGAAAGUAUUGUAAAAACAGCAGGUUUGUGCAAAAUUUGAUGAUGCAAAAGAAAAGAAAAAAAACACACACAAAUAAUUGUAAAAUCAAGCGUGUCGAUUACCAGUGAUAAAGCGACUGAUUGUUGUUUGAAAUAAAAUACAAGAAAACAAAGUUUCACUACGAA